AUGGGCAUAUUUCUCGAGCGUUCUCGGGAGAACCUGGGUAGUGCAAUCAGGGACCUCAGAAUCGCGAUGAGUACUUCUACUGGGUUUUCAAGCGGUGUGCUUAGCGACAACAACGCAAAUGGCAGCGCUACGGCAGUUGCCACGCCUAAGCGUGCGAUCGAUACCAACGGUAAUGUCUUCAACGUACCUGACUACUCGAUCAAAGAUAUUCUCUCCGCUAUUCCCAAGGAGUGCUACAAGCGCGACACAUUGUGGUCGUUGCAUUACGUGGCCCGCGACGUGGCCGCGAUCGCUGUGAUCGGCUAUGUCGGAACAAACUACAUUCCAGUAUGGUUUCCCGACAGUUCGUUGUUGAGAGCGGCGGCCUACUCUCUGCAGUCUUUCUUGAUUGGACUGUUCGGGUUUGGCCUCUGGAUCCUAGCCCAUGAGUGUGGCCACUCUGCAUUUUCAGACUCCCCCGCGGUCAAUGAUACCGUCGGAUGGGUUUUGCACUCAUGGUGGAUGGUCCCAUACUUUUCUUGGAAGUUCUCGCACAGCAAGCACCACAAGGCUACUGGGCAUAUGACCAGAGACAUGGUGUUUGUGCCAUACACCAAGGAGGAGUACUUGGAGACCAAGAACAAGUCUCUGCUAAGUGAGGUUGUCGAGGAGGCCCCAGCUGUGACCCUAUUCAACCUCAUCGCCCAACAACUUGGUGGACUACAGCUCUACCUAGCGACAAACGCUACAGGCCAGCCAUACCCAGGCGUUCCCAAGUUCUUCAAGUCGCACUAUUGGCCAACUUCUCCAGUCUUCGAUGCUAAGGACUUCUGGUACAUCAUUCUUAGUGACAUCGGAAUUGCGUCAACACUGACCAUUAACUAUAUGUGGUACAGAGCGUACGGCGCCCACGUUGUGCUCAUCAACUGGUUCCUCCCAUGGUUAUGGGUUAAUCACUGGCUUGUGUUUGUAACUUUCCUGCAGCACACAGACCCCACAAUGCCCCAUUAUGAUGCUGAAGAAUGGACCUUCGCGAAGGGCGCGGCGGCCACUAUUGACAGAGAUUUUGGAUUCAUAGGCCAACACAUCUUCCACGAUAUCAUCGAGACUCAUGUUCUCCACCACUACUGCAGCAGAAUUCCGUUCUACAAUGCUCGCAAAGCCACUGCCGCAAUCAAAGAGGUCAUGGGCCAGCACUAUCGCUACGAAAGUGAGAAUAUGUGGAAAUCGCUUUGGAAGGUUGCAAGAUCUUGCCAGUUUGUUGAGAGCUCAGAAAACAAUGGUGUUUAUAUGUUCAGAAAUACCAACAAAGUUGGCGUGGCUCCGCACAAAGGCCCUAGCUCUAAUGUUCCUUUAGAAUAA